CCGCCCAGGCAGGCGACACAAAAAGUUUGGAAAGUCCUGACACCGUUACAUCGCUUGAACGCAGCCACAUCCUCGCUCGUGGAUUAUAAAGCCUGAUACCUAAUUCAAGAAAUCCACCCUACUUUAAAAACUAGAAUUGUCUGCUCUUCCGCUGCCACAGUCAUUGCAGCUCUGCCAUUGGACAAGGACACUUCAACCACUGCCCGAGUAUCCAUCCUCACACUCCAGAGACCCAGACUCAGCUUCUACCAGCACCUGAAACUUAAAAUUAACAGAGAUGGAGGGUCACAUGGCGCUGUUUGCCCUGCUUCUGUGUAUCACUGUUGCAGUUUCUGCCUCAAGUCCAACAUGUGAUCCAGUGGCGGUUAAUGACAACUCCUUUGUCUACGUGAGAGAAAUGCAUAUUGGCUGUUGGACCAGCUUCGUCGGAGAGGACAAGGCAGAGGUCCACAUCCUUAACCUGAACUUUGACACCCAGGAUCCAAAGAUAUUUGAACUCAAGAUGAGCAAUGUCAACCCAAUUAACCUAAUCAUCACAUCACGAGAAAGUGCCUAUGGUCUGCAGAACUUCAACACCAGUGUUAACGUUUAUAUAUCCAAUGACUCCAAAAUUUCCUUAUAUCCUAAACAAAACCAAACCAAGAUUCCCCACAAAGUAGACCUCCCCACUCAAGAUGAGGAACUGGUCAAGUGGGCGACACAGAAGUUCGGGGGUGUGACUUCCUUCACCACAAUCCAAAAUCCAAAAGAAAUCCACUUGACAGGAACAGGAACCAAAUCUGGCUCUCGUGACUGCAUACUUAAGAAUGAAGAUCCAUCAGAAAAACACUUUAUGAAGACGAUUUAUAAAAAUGUACACAGUUCAGUCAAAUCUUGCUCCCCACUGCAACAGAACCGUGGUGAAGAUGAGCUUCAUAUCAUCAACAUCCCAGAGAAUGCCAGCAUUCGCAAUAUAUCACUUCGCACGGGCACAAAGAAGACCAACAUGUUCCUGAGAGGUCCUCAGGGCACCACAUGGAUCUUCCUCAACCCGCUGUAUACAACAUUUGGUUCUAACAAUGAGAUCCUGCUGCCCACCAUCCCACAUAAAAUUCAGCCUGUUUUAACACUGAACAGUGACAGAGCAGAGGAUGUGCAAAGGAUGGCUUUAGAUCAUUUUAAAGCCAGUACUUUCACCAGCUACACUGAAAUCAAACCAGAGGGCUCUAUGGUUUUACUGGUUUUCGAACAAAAAGAAACCCCUGCAGUUACAGAAACAGUACCAGUUCCAGUCAUUUCCAUUACAACUAACGCUCCUCAUCAGAUGCCUCUGUUGAUGCAGCUAUACGCCUCCCCAGAUUACCGCUCUCCCCUGGACCCUAAAACCAAGGUGCAGAGUGACAAGAGAAUUUAUGCAGAGAUUUCAGGGAACACUUUAGGGGAUAUUGUUUUGACCAUCAAGGUGAUCCGCUGCUUUUUGCGCUCCAAGGGCUCCUGCCCUGUAGUGAAAGAGCUACCCUUCAUUUCAGAGGCCUGCUCCUCGAAUUCAUGUCCCAACAGCACACGAGUCAGCUUUUCUUUAGAUCAGCUCCAAGAGCUGACAUCCACCACGUGGGACCUGGAAUGUGCUGUCGAUGUUUGCUACAGUGAGAAAUGCGGAGAUGGAGGAAGAGUGAAGAGGAAUCUGGAGGUUACUCAGCCUUGUCUGCAACCACCAACCCCACCAUGCUUUGAUUUUGGCCUACCUGGUGUUCUGGGCAUCGCAUUUGGAGGGUUCCUGAUUGGAGUUUUACUUAUUGGAGCACUGUGGUUUAUCAAAAUAAAAACAGGUAAAUGGUACCCAACUGGACUAGACAUGAGCUCAACUGCAGCAAAUCUUCCUGGAUGUCCCUGCUCAGGAGCAAAACGACAACCUGUUUCCACCAACCCUUCCCCCUCUGAGAACAGCAGCGCCAACGCAAGCAUUGGAAGCACCCAGAGCACACCGACCAGCAGCAUGGCAUGAGAUUAUGGUAAUCUCCACCACCAGCAGGGCCACCAUCUCCCUUCAAAGUCACCUAUACGGGUUUUGUGCUUUUGUAUUCUUUAAUAAUGCUCAAAAGGCAUUUUUGCCCUCCUUGCCCCCCUUUAAAUUGUCAUUAAAAAGCGCAACCCACGUCUUUGACACACAAGCCUGGAAUGAAUGUGAUCUGGGAGUUUGUAAUGGUGGAUGGGAGGGGGGGGGUGACGGGUAACAGAAGUCUAAUCAAUGGCUUCUGACGCUCACCUCUGCUGCCUCUCUGUAAAGUCAAGCUCCUAGACAGGAAGUUAAAGAGGGCAAGAGAAGAAAAAAUUGGCUCCCAGAAACAGGAAAAACAAACCAUAUCCCCCAAGAGCUAACAGGAAAUUCACUGCAUUCCUUUCAAUGAAUUGUGCUUCUGUGAUCGCAGUACAAUAAUAGUUAGACAGGAGACAAACCAGUCAAAAGACUGACUUUGAAAAACAGAUGAAAAGCUGUUUUGCAUUCACAUCCAAGCGACAAAAAUAUGAAGGGCUUUUGGCUUGGUCAGUCCUAAAAGGUUAUCAACAACAUCUGUGGGACUGAAAAGCUCAACAUGUUAGGAUCUCAAACAACUCAAUGAAAUGCUCGCUCCAAGGUUUAUUUGUCAAAAUUAGUAUUCAAGGUCAAUGGUUAACAGCUACCUCCUAUUAUUUAGAAAUCUGGGGCUAAGUUUAAACUUAAAACUAGAUUUCUCUGGUGAAUUGAUGUUAUUUUCUGCCUUUUUACAUUUUUUAUUCUGUGUCACUGAAGGUGAAACUUGUAGUUGACCUUCCAGGUUAUUUGUAGCUCAUGAAGAAAAGGUUUUGGUGCAAUUCAGUGCUAUCCAGUAGCUAUAUCAAGGCCUUCAUAUCAAAAGAGUUUUUUCCCCCCCGUGUUUAUUUCAAAUUACAGAGAAAUAUAUUUGAUUUCCUAUUUGCUGUACUCAACAAAUCAUCGUAAAUUGCAUUUAUGGCCCAAAGGUAGCAAUAAAUUAUGAACCAUUAAGAAAAAUUACUUUUAUUUAUGUGAGCUCCGAAAUAAUCACUUUUAUAAUGUACAAUACCGCAUGCAGAGAUAUAUGGCUGUAUUCAGAGCUGAGUAAUGUCCCCGUAAUGAGGAGUUAGCACCAAAACUCAGACCUCAGACUCACAUAUCGACGUAAGCACCACUCAUACAGCUACGCCCACAGGGUGGAGUUUCCCCAAAAUAGACUGUCUGGAGGUGGAAUCCAGUAAUUUUCCUUUGCACAACAUCCAGUCUCACCAGAAUCUGUAAUAAGUCCAUCACCACUGCCUGAAAGUUUGUUGUAACCACAAUUCUUCUUCAUAAAAUUAAUGUGUAUGUGGUAACAGACACUGACAUACAUAAAAAGCCCUUUAUGUCCUGUAUUAUUAUUUUUGCUGGUGUAUUCAUCACCCUAUAGACCUAGAUGCAGCAGUUUGUGGUGUAUUAUUCCAUCCUACAUUAGAAGAUCAAGACUCGACAUUAAGCAAGUGCAAACUGUCCACCCUACUUCCUCAUAUUUAAUGUCUUUUCAUUCAAAAUGCAGUCUGCCACUAAUGUUCCUCUCUGUCUUGUGAUUGAAGAUGAGUGUGCAGAAGGGAAAGAAUUUUUAGACCUCUAAUGGAUGUUACGGAUCAGCGAUGCAUUCAGAGAUUCCGCUUUGGCAAACAAGCCAUCCUUGAUCUCUACUACACGCUGAAGAACUGCCACCUCAAUAUGACCAAACUCCUAGAGCCUUUUUUCCUUACGGCAGGGGGGGAGUACAGGUACUAACAAUAGGCUGUAAUAUUCUAUUCUGAAUUUCAUAUUUAAUUGGCAUUUGUUAUGGAGAAGAAAAUGAAAUAUGUGAGAUUUCCUUAAAGGCAUACACAAAUAAAACCUGGCAAACUCAGAUUUGUGGACUAUAUUGGUAAAUUUGAUAAUCUAAAUUUAAAAACCUGCAAGCUCCCCUCACUAAAUUUUGACACUUUUUCCUUAACUUUUAAACUUUAGCUGCCCAUGAAAGUCACCAGCUCUGAAUACAGCCAGUGGGACUGCUUAAUAUAAUCAAUAGUAUCAGUAGUAUGAGAGCUACUUAUUGCUACAAUUCAUCAAUCAGUUGUACUGUACAUGAAGUAUAUUUUUAAAAUUUAAAACUGGUUUUAUUUUCAGCUGUCACAUGUCAAACAUUAUGAUAUGGAAAUUAGUGCCUUGUUAAAAUGAUUAACUUCUACUUUCUACAUUUGAUAGGCUGCAUCAGCCAUUGCAGUGCUAAUGCUAGACAGAAGCUGCAUAGAUGCAUGUUGGGGGCUUUCAUUAGGGCUACAACUGUAGAUGGACGGUUGAUCCGUGAACCCACUAUUUGUUUCAAUGUACAAAUGUAAAUGUAUUUGAUGUUUUUAUUGCUACUCUUUUCACCUCUAUAAAAAUAUUCCCAUCUCACGUCAAGUCUUGUGGUAUAAGUAAGCAGGCAAUGUUUCAAAAAAGAAAAAAACAAUUUGUAACCACAUAGCUGUGUUAAAAGCACCCGAAAUUUGAUGUUAAAGGUUUUCUUUAUAUACAUUUGAUACACUGAUGUACUUUUACUGAUGCAUAUACUGUAUAUUCACAUUCCCAGUAGUUACUCACUUUCUGAUUUGGAUUGUUAAAAUAACUUAUUCACCUUCAAACUUAAUCUUAACAAAAAAAAAGAUCAGUGUUUUCCAAACCAACACUGCAUUUGUAAAAUGUUUCCUCAUUGUCUGUAUUUGAGCUAAGUAGCUUAUUCCCUCUCUCUCACUCAGUGGGUGUGUGCAUGUACGUUUUCCUGUGCAUGUCUGAUUUUCUUUGUGUAUUUGUGUUGAGACAGAGAACAAAGAGGGCCAGUACAAAUUGCCACUUGAGUAUUUGUGCAAUAUGAUGAGGUAAACUUGUAUGUAAUGUCUAUAUGUAGUUUUUUUUUUACUAUGUUUUUUUGUAAGUGUUGUAUGAUAUUCUAUUCUUCUACUAUUUCCUUAACCUGCUUUGUUCUUUUCUGCAUAUGAAGAACUGGGACAAACCCUAAUCAAGGCACUUAUUAAAUGCACAAGAUUUGUUUUGUAUUUGAAUAGUUUUUUUCCCAACAUUUUUUAAAAAUUCAGUUCAUUCGGUUUGUUGGUUUUACCCCUGUUUGACUUAUCCCCUACUGAUUCCCCUACUGUCCAAAAACAUGGCAUAACUUUGCUGAUACUGACAUCCUGACAUUGUAUUAUGUUCAUUGUACUAUCUUCUGUGGGUGUGAUGGGGAAGUACAUUCUCAAACAGAGUAGCAUCCCAGUUAAAUAUGCAACACUCAUGUGCAGUUAGCAGGAAACAUUCAAACUUAGAAUGUGGCAGGUCGUUCGUUGGCGCUACUUUUCUUUUAAUUUUAGAAAAUGAUUGCAAUAUCAGACAAAGUCUUUCCUCCCCCCUCAAAUGUCACGUAUUCUGUACCUGUGUUAAACUAGGCUCGGUGAAUGCCAAGUUCUGUCUGAGCACUGACAGUAAAAUCGGACAGGCUGUCAGUUAAUUCACUUGUUAAGCCUGCAGAUCCCUUCGUUACCUCUGACAACAGCUUCCUCCUCCUCAGACACUCUGCACAGUUAAAUGAAAAUAUGUGUGCUCUGGGUGUGCAUAUACUACAGUCUAUGUACUGUAUGUGUAUGUGUGUGUAUAUGUGUGUGUGUGUGUGUGCGUGUGUGCGUUUGUGUGUAUCUGUGUAGGUGUACAAUAGAAACUAUGUCUACAUUUAUGUGAGCGAAUUCUUCCUCCAGAUUCUUAGCCUUGUCCAAAUUCAGAAUUCUUACCAAACAAUCUGAAGUCUUAACUACACGUCAGAAUGUGUGCUUUGGUUUUAUAGAAUAUAAAAUGCAAUGUUAUUUUUGUGCUAGAGUGGGCAGCCAUUAACCCUUUAAAAUGGGUCCAUUGGUUGAGACAGUACUCAACUGAUGUUGUGUAUUUCUAUGUUGUCUCUGAAGAAAUAUAUGUUUUGUCUGAAAUUAUCUUAAUAAAGUGAAUAUGACAAAUGUU